GGUGGGGAAGGAGGCCCCAGAACGGCUGGGAGCUUCAUGGUCAACUAUGAUGGACACUUUAGAAGAAGAGAACUUCGCGCUGGCCAUUUCUUCCGCUUCUGAUGCAGAAUUUGAUGCAGUAGUUGGAUGUAUAGAGGACAUUAUCAUGGAUGGUGAGUUCCAGUUAUUACAGAGAAACUUCAUGGAAAAGUACUACCGAGAGUUCAAAGACACAGAAGAAAACAAACUCAUCUAUACCCCUAUUUUUAAUGAAUACAUCUCUUUGGUCGAAAAAUAUAUUGAAGAACAGAUGCUCGAGAGGAUUCCUGGGUUUAACAUGGCAACUUUCACUACAACAUUACAACAGCAUAAAGAUGAAGUAGCAGGUGAUAUAUUUGACAUGCUGCUCACAUUUACGGAUUUCCUGGCCUUCAAAGAAAUGUUUUUGGACUACAGAGCUGAAAAAGAAGGCCGAAGUCUGGACUUAAGCAGUGGUUUAGUGGUGACAUCAUUAUGCAAGUCAUCUUCCAUACCUGCUUCUCAGAACAAUUUACGACAUUAGUUCACGUUCUCUGGAUGAGAGUUUAUCAUCUCGGACAUUCUGAACUUGAAGGAUGGUGAGUGACCACAGCGUGAUGAACAACAUGCUUAGUGAUGGCGGAAUACAGCUGGAAAAGACUGACCUUGUUCUGGUGCUUUUAAUUAAUG